AUGCCUCCCGAUAUCGACUGGACCUCUUCGUGGUAUUCAUUCAUGGCCUCGUACCCCACGGCCUUGUUAGAACUGUUUGAACUAGGUCUGUGGCAAGAACGCUGUGGUGAUGAAUGGCUUCACCGGGACACCGGCACCAUGGAAGGCGUCAUUGACUUUUCCACGUCCGCACCUAUUUUUUCCAACGACGAUGAGCGAAGUCGUGCCGAGCAGCUGUUCUUGUCGCUUUUAGCCCAUUUUUCGGCACCCGACAUUUCUCAUGAGCAUGUAGAGCUUCUCAAAGCGGUGUCCGGCAAGACACCACAAGCUAUACCCGGCUCUCUUCAGAUCCCGGACACAGAAGCUCACCGGGUGUUAUCAGGCCCACAGCACGUCGCACGCCUUAAUGCCUUGGCAAUUCUCGACAUGUUCGAUGUCGGUGUGCGACACCUAAUCGAAGGACAAAACAUCGAUCGGCCGACAAAUGCCAUCACCCUUACACAAGAGUACCAUGAUAGAUUUGGUGAUUUUAAAACCGUCUUUGAGUCCACGGACCAGCCACACACAUACCGCAUCGAGUCCGUUGAAGAUCGCUUACCAGUCCUUCGUAGGCCUAUGCAGCCGAUUACGAGGACUCUCUUCCUGUCCGUUGCCCGAAUUCUACGCAUGUCUGGCGCCGGUGAAUACUGUGACAGUGUACUACGGGACAUGGACGAUCCGGAGAUUCUCAGUGAUGGUACAACCAAUCUGGGAGCACUUGUCAGUCUGCGUCUGGGCGGAUGGUGGAACGGAGUGGUAGCGUGA